AUCCUUGUGAUUGGUCGUAAUAACACUGUGCUUCCUGUUGGUUGAAUUACACCACAGCCAAGGCUUCCCUUCCUCGCUUGCUUACUGCCCCUUCUCCUCACUUCAUUCCAAGUUCUCAGACAAGCCAGACCUUGGUUUGGCUAGACCUAGCUAGCCAGGACAAGAAGUGUUUCACUCCGAGCUAUUCUGGCUGCUGAAGCUCAUCUCUUGCCAACUUGGAGUUAGAGGAGCAACAUUUGUUAUCAUUCCAUUGACUACAUCACUCAUCAAGAGCCAACGUUGUGAUCAGUUUUUAAUUGUCAUUGGCUUCACUUUAGAUCACUGUCACUGUUUCCCAUUGACUGAUCCUAGAUUGUUUCCAAAUAUUUUGAUCAAUGAUUGUGCACUUGCUAAAUAUCUAUCCUCACUGUCACAUCAGUUAAUUAUUAAGGAGAACUUGGGGGAAUAUGUUGGGAGUUCUUUCUUCAAGAAAUCUCUUCUUACUGUCUCUCUCAUCAGAGAUCUUAGUUGUGAUGUCACCGAAAGGAUCUAACGGUUUCACCGGAUUGGAUCGGAUUGCAUAGCAGUGUUGUUGACUUCUCAAUUUUUUCCUUCCUGCAUGGGUGUUUUCCUCGAAUACUGGAAGUCGUACCACUAGUAGCAGCAGCACUACAACAAGAACUGGUAUAACCUCCACUGUUUGGAUUAUACACUUCCAGUUAGGGGUGAAGCUGCGUAAAGAUCACUCUUUCUCCACUGUAAAGUUGAAAUACAUGAUAAGUUAUCUGAGAAGUCCAUACUUUGAAUGAAUUUUGGGGAUCAAAACUGGCUUUGUUUUACCACUGUUACAAAUGAAUGAUCAAGCACUGUUUUUCUCCUGUUUGUUAAAAGUGUUCCAAACCCAGUUGGAGCGUUGGUCAUGCUGUGUUGGCUAAUGGGUAGAAAGGAGGCAAUCUCUAAGGACAUUUGCUGAAGCAAUUACAUCUCUUUGGCCAAAUUUUGGAGUAUAAUAUCUGACCUUCUCUGGACUUCAGAUAGCAGCCAGGAGGCAAAGUGAAGGAAUUUGUUUACUACAAGGGUGAUAGUUUGAUGGAUAUCACUACUGUAUCAAAGGAAAGUUACUCUGUUAUUUCUACCAACAUUCCAUAGAGAAUAACAAACCCUUUGUUUUUCAAACCCAUCUGGAUUACACAUCGUGUUGUGAUUUUGAUGAAGGCAAUAAUUGCAUUUAUCGCUUCAUGAUUGUUGCGAGAACUUGGCCUUAUAAUUCAUUGCUGAUUGUCGCUUGGGUUGUGAGUAAGCGUGUAUUGAUCUAAUGGACAGUCAUCCGUGGUUAUCAUCACUGCAUUGUUUAAGCGGAAGCAGAGUGAUGCUCAUUGGUAUCUGACAGUCUGACUUUCUGGUCCCCAAGCGCUUGAACCUCAUCAUUCAUAACCAAGAGUCUGAUACAACUUCCAAGCAUCUCAUCACAUCACCAUCAUUGACCCAACUUUCAAGUCCAACAAAGGAUCUUAAUCACUAUCUGUGAUCAUUCUGAUGGAUAACCUGUAAUUGUUGGGCAAACCCCAGCGGCUUAAUCCAUCCACCAUACACCACCAUCGACAGUCUCGGCUCAAUCAUAUCAAUAAAUAUUUGAUCUAAAGAUCUUCCCCGGAAGGUUUUGGGCCCCCGGAUGAGGAAUAAGGAAAACAUUUUCCCUCGACACAUCUGUGUUCGCCAUCUUAUUUUGACUCAGACCCAUUACCGAACCUCAUUUACUCGCCGCCGCAGUGAUUGCACCGUCCCGAGCGAUUCUUUUACCAGACACACACUCAUGGAUAGAAUCUUUCAAUAAAAUACUUUCUCUAUUUCUCGGUCUUGGUCAGCCCCUUAUUUGGCUCUGUGAUCCAGUCCCCUCCUACCACCAAUCUCCAUAUUACAUCUCUACAUUUUGACAUGGAUUACCGCAGUCCUCUCUAACUUUGGGAGGAGGCUGUUUUGAGGAGAGCAAGUCGGAAAGCCAGAGUGAAAUUUUAUCUUGAAGAAUUAAGCCAAGAAGGAUAUUUUUAGCACGACUUGCCUGUGUUUUGAAACACAUGCACCCAUUUGGAUUAUUUUUUAUCAGUUCGUGAGAAUUAUCUUGUCAAAAUGCCGCCUGUAAUUGCCGCUAUUCCUGGACGCAGAUUCUCAUUGCGUCGAAGGAGGAGAGAGAUGGAGGGGCAGUUAUACUGCGAGGAACACACACCAAAAGAAAAACCUCCGGUAAAUGGAGGUGUCGCUGUAAAGAAAAAUGAUGCAGAAUUAGAUUUCUUUGAGUUCCUCGAAAAGAUACAGAGUGAUAGAUUAGAUGAGCAAAGAUGUUCAUUACCCGUCGUACUCCAGCCUUCUUUCAGCUCACCCUCACCAAAACCAAAGGUUAAAGCAAAAAAAUCAAAUACAGAUAAGAUCAAAGAGUUAUUAAAGAAAGAGGGACCCUACCCGUCCAUAGUCCAACCGACUGAUCGAGGCUACUGGCUCGAUGGAUCAAUCACCCUCAAUGCAGAUGACACCAGGUCAGAGAAAGAUGUCGAUACUAGCCUCGACGAAGAAGCCUGCAGUAUGGUCACGUCGUCAUCGCUCAACGGAAGUUUGUCGGCGGUUGGGGAUAUCUCGCCAUCACCGUCAUGCUCAUCAAUUCCAUUCCCUCUUCAGUUGGAGUUUGAUGAUAGUAAUCAGAUGUAUAGAAAAUACUUCCUUGGAAAGGAGCAUUUUAACUACUUUGCCCAAGAUGAGGACCUAGGUCCAUUAGUGUUAUCAGUGAAGCAUGAAACGAUAGGCACUGAGGAUGCAUUGAGAGUGGUACUCAGGUCUAAAGCCGGUACUAUCCAUGAUCUUCUUGCUGUCUCAACGCUUGGAGACUCACCGAUACCAGCAAGAAUCGCAAAGACGCUGUGUGACAGUAUUACAACAGAAAGAUAUCAACCAGUACUUUUUCCAAAGGGUUCCGAGCUGAUUGUAAGCUACGAUGAACACUCCUUCGUCAACAAGUUUAAGUUUGGUGUGGUCUACCAGUGCUUCGGCCAAUCAACGGAGGAGGAGAUGUUUGGUAAUAGGAACUCAAGCCCCGCACUUGAUGAGUUCCUAGAGAUGCUAGGAGAUAAGGUGGAGCUCAAAAAUUUCUCAGGUUUUCGAGGAGGUCUAGAUGUAAAUCACGGCCAAACCGGCACUCAUUCCAUUUAUUGCAAGUACCACAAUAAUGAAAUCAUGUUCCAUGUUUCAACCAUGCUUCCCUAUACAGAAGGAGAUGCACAACAGCUCCAAAGGAAGAGACAUAUUGGUAACGACAUUGUAGCGAUCAUCUUCCAGGAGGAGAAUACGCCAUUCAUUCCUGAUAUGAUUGCAUCAAACUUCCUUCAUGCGUACAUCGUUGUACAAGCCAUCCAGGCUAACUCAGAAGAAACCAAAUAUAAGGUAACGAUAACAGCAAGGAACAAUGUUCCACCCUUUGGUCCAAUCUUGCCAGCUCCAUCAAUCUACAAGAAAGGUUCUGAAUUAAAGGAGUUCUUGCUCUGUAAGCUUCUCAAUGCAGAACAUUCAUGUUAUAAGGCUCAGAAGUUUGCCAGUAUCCAAGCCAGAACAAGAAGUGCUUUACUAGAUCAUCUCUACCAUGAUCUGAUGUCAAAGAAUGAAGACAUCUUUUGUGCUGUAGCAGGAGAUGACAUCAUCUCACCUCUCCAGUCCAGUCAGGGUAAGGGAGACUAUUCACCAGGAGGUAACAGCAGACUACUCAAGAGCUUCAAGAACGCCUUUAGAGGGCGCACUACAUCUCUGGAGAGCACAGGGUCGUCAGGGACGCUACCCAAGAAUGUCAAUGGGAAUACAUUGUUUGUCGGAACGGAGGGGUUGUCAAGGCCGCCUGUGGAUCAAGCUGAUAGCACAAGCCCAGCUACUAAGCAGAGAUCAAACAGCAGGUCAUCACAAAGAUCAGUCCAAAGCUUUGGAAGCGCAGACAAGAAAGAACCAAAGAAAAAAAGGGACAGUGUCCUCAGUCGAUCCUCCCAUUCAUCUGAGAGUAUUAACGGUAGCCAAGAGUCUCAUAAGUCUUCCUCUAACUCACUCAACAGUUCACCUGACAUCAAUGCUAGCUCACAACAGCAAAGGAUAUACACCAGAGUAUCACCUAGUAAUUCAUUGGAUAGCUUCAAUAGUGAUGAAGAUGCCCAGCUACACCACGAGUCACAUGAUCAUCAUGACGAUUCAGAUACAGGAAUGGGGAGUAUGUCAUCAAGCAACAAGCCCAGUCCAAUGAAUCCAUGUAUUUGUCCUGAAGGAAAAUGCUCAGCUGCAGCAGAUAUUGAAGCAAACCUAGGUCAGCAGCUGGAAGCUAUGAGGCAAGAGAUCAUGAGAUUGUCAACAGAAAAGAAAGAACUCUUACAACAAAAUGUGACUUGGCAACAAGAUCUAAAGAAGCUAAAGGAACGAGAACUGAAGCACAUGGCUGAGCUUACGGUGGCAAACAAAGAGCUUCAUAGAAUUAAAGAUCACCAUCGUAAAGUGGAAGACAGACUUCAGAAGUCACUCUCAACAGAUGCAUCCAACUGCUGAAGAGAUGUUUCUUCAGCUGCACAGACAUUGCAGAAGAGCGAUGUCCUCAACGCUCAAAGGCACAUUUCUAGAUGCUGGAUGUAGGUGUGGACAUCCGGAACUCUUUACAUUGGAAAAUCCUAUAGAUUUGAACAUUUCUGAUGGAAGUGUGUCACAGACACAUCUGCAGUUGGGGGAUCAUUGUCCAAGAAACUUGUGCUGUCAUCUAAGAAUGUUGAAUGCAAGGGUGAGAGUCAAAGAUAUGACUGUUUGAAAGAUUCUGCUAUAGUAUCAUCACCAUGCAGUUAUGAAACUGAUUUUGAUGCUCAGACAACAGCGCUGCUUCAGAUACCUUGUACCAGCUUAGGUCCAAAGUAGUUUGCUACAUUGCUAUUGAGGGCACUGUCAGAGGAAGAAGUCAUCUAGUGAUAGAUGAUAAAAAAGGAUUAAAGCUUUGAUUGGAAUCUGCCUUGAAUGAGAAUGCCUUGAGAAACCUGACCUUGGUGCGAAGAAAUAAUUGACCUUGACCGGUGUUAAAUUCAGAGUUUGGAAUAUUUCAUUGACACCAGAAAGGAGUGUGCUGUGAGAUUUCAUUACAAGGAAAAGAUACACUUAUGACUUUGAUUCCUUGAGAAUUAUUUAUUGAAAUUAGAAUUAUUUCGGUGAUUGUAUGAAUAUGUUAGUGUACUGAGGAUGCAGAUUACCUUUGCUUGUGUUGAUUGAAUCAACCUCUUGCCAAAUCAAUUAAUCUGAUCAUUACUAAAGUUACACAUUGUAAUGGGUGUAUUGCACGGCUCAACAGCCUCUGUAAGCCUACAAAUUGUUACAUAAAGCCAGGUAAGAAGUAGCCAUUGAAAUAACACAAGGAAUUACACAAUUGUGAUUUUUUUUUUAGUGUUUUUGUACGAAGCAUACAGUGCUUUAAUUAGUGACUACUUUAGUGUGGUAUAUUGUAAUAAAUUUUGUACCAAAGAUUCUCCAAACCGCCUCGGUGAGCUGUUUCAGGUUCAUGUCAGAAGUUCAGAAAUAAUGAAGGAAGUUGCUUUAAAGAAAAGUGGUGUAGAAUAAAGUGUGGUAUUACUGCAGGUGGCAUGUAUCUGCAGAGCAGCAGAUUUCAGAGUAUGCAUUGGGAUUUGACUUUAGCAUACAAGAAGCUCACAAACCUGUAGCCAAUCAUAGCAUUCAUGUAUGAAAAUCAGUUAAUCUUCUUUAAUAAUUUGAAAAAAAAGUAAUUUACUGCAUUAUACUUAGUGCUAAGAUUCUUUGUUAGAUGAUGGAUCAUCAUAAAUAUAGUUACAUGAGAAAAACCUUUCAUGAAAGCUCCCUGAGUUUAUCAUCUUAUAAAAAGAUAACAGUUCUUACAAAACAUUCUUGCAUUGGUUUACUUAAUUGUCUUGUGUUCAAAACACAAUAUACUGAUGUCACCCUUCUAAUGAAGGCUUGCUCUUCUACCAACUGAAUGGCUGCGGAAUGCAACUUCUGUCCAAUUAUGAUGAUCUUUCCCCUUUUUUUCUAAAAAGACUUUCAAUCGUCAAUACUUUCUCAAAAUUUGCAGGGAAUAGUCUUUUAUUUUUUGAUGGGAAACAAUGGUUUAUUCUCAUUUGAACAUAUGACCAGUACAUGCAAACCUUGUGUGAAAUUAUUUUUGUAGAGAGAGAGAAGUUUCAGAUCAUAGUAAGCUUGGAUCGGUCAGAGAUAGCCUUGGUUUCUAUUAAUCCGCUUGUAUGAUACUUGCAUCAGUGUACAUAACUAAACAGAGUGUAUAUACCAUGAAAAUAUGUAAAGAAUUAUUGUCAUAAUUAAAUGCCAUAGGGUCCUUAUGUGGUAUGUGUACAUUUUUUCCAUGUUUUGUCGGUUUUUGGUAAUCUUGUUGAUUUGAAAUAUGUUUUAAUACAUCGAGUAUGUUUAGUCAUAUUCUGUAAAAAAAAAAAUUAAAGAGCGUUUCAGUUGGUUGUGAUAUGCAAUGUAACAUACAAAAUCUUAUGAAGUUAUAUAUAUUUAUCAUCAUCCUUGCCCAUUGUAGUUAAUUUUUGGUUUUUAUUUAUCUAUCUUGAUAUCAUUUUUUUAUCAUCUCUAAAGUGAAUAGAGAGAGAAUUUUCAAUCAGGGAUUAAAAUGGGAUAUUUUUACUCUCGCUUUAAUUUCCCACUUUAAAUGCAUGUAUAGAUGAAUAUAUCCCUCAUGUUCUCCACAGAGACCAUUAUUUAUUAGACAAUAUUUAUUGGUAUCUCAUUCUCUUGUAUAGUAGAGUGAGAAGGGGAGAACAGUGAAAAUUGGGAAAAUUGUUCUUUUCUCGAUGUUGGGCAAGUCCCAGACAUUUUUCAUUAUUUAUUAUUCUUGGUAAAAAUUGAAUGAGUGCAAUUGUGGGAUUGGAAUGUUUUCUUCUUAUUUGACCUUUGUAUAGACAAUUUCAUUUGCAAUAAUGUUUUAUUCAAUCUUUACAUAAACUUGAAUUGCCACCCGUUUUUAAAUUUCAAGGUAAUUUAUGCCUGGUAAGUCAAAGAAAUGAAUUGAUGAUUAAUGAAUAACUGUGGCUUGACUCAUGCGAGUAAUAAAAUUUCCCCUCAUACUUCUUCAAAUAACCCAGUGGCAUCUUACCUGAAGGAAAGUGAAAUUUUAAUCUUUCAUAGUAAAAAAAAAGUUAUUCCCAUUAUCUUAUCCAUUUAUCUUAAAGUUUAUCAAGUUCCAAGGCAGAAAUGAACAAAAUUCUUAAUUUCAUCCAAGAAACCAUUUUAGAGAAAGUGCAACAUAAUUAUAUGAAGAUCCAUAUCACAAUCAAAUGUGACAAUUUGACGAUGUUUAAUCCGUUCAUAAGUUAUCAAGUUAUGAAGGUAUUUUUUGUAUGUGAGACCUGCAACUUUUUCCAAUCAGUUGCCUGAAGGCCACUGAAUACCUUACAACUCGUUAUAGAUCCAAUUUUGGAGGAAAAAAAUUGCUUUUUGCAUUCUUUCUGGCAUUUUUAUCUGAAGUUUUAACAAUGACAAUGCUUAUAUUGCAAUCGAGAUUAUUGCAAGCCUUUAAAUUACGAAGUAAAGUCCAAUUUGUUUUCAAAACUAAGCCUUUUCUUAUUUUACAGAGGAUCAUAAUAGUCACAAUUUUUUGUUUUAUUAUUCACUUUAAGAUUAUUCAGAACAUUGGUCGGUAGGAUGUUCCAUUUUCCAAUAUAUCACAUCAAAUGUAUUGUUUUAUUCCAAAGUUGGGUUGCAGACCUGUUUGUAAAAUGUGUAGUAGCAGUAAGAGAAUAAUUCCAAAUCAAGACUACCCAUGUUUGCUGAACUCUUUUUUUGCAACCUGUCAUUAGCACCCCCCCCCCCUCAUAUCCAUUUCAUUUAUGAGCUAUGUUGUUACACUCAACAGAUGUCUAGUAGUGAGUCCGAUUGAUAAUCUUACUAUUCCAGAGAAAUUCAUUUCCAUUUUACAAAUGACAAGGACAUUUGGAGUUGGCUAGAACUUGAUUGCCUAGCAAAUCAAAAUGGUGCAGAAUUUUUUUUUAACUGUUCAAUGUUUGACUCGUUUUAUUUUUUAUUAUUAUUUAAAUAACUGUUGUGUUCCCUAGACAUCAUCUAUUUGCUGAAAAUAUGAUUUAUGAGUAAAGAAGAACAGAACUCCAAGCAUUGAAUCUAAUGACAGGGAUGGGGUUUCACAAAGCUUCUUGUAACUUUACACACAACUGGUGACUCUUUCUUGGGUGCUGAUACACACUUCCAUUCAAAUCGAUUAUAUUUAAUUUACAAAGAUCGGAAUUCAAAUUUAUGUUGAUCAAAAUUCAAAUCCUUGUGAAGUAAACUUCUCAUUUUUAACAACAAUUUUAAUUCAACUUUUGAUGUUCUUCAUGAUUUGAUAAGGGUUAUAGAAGGCUGCUUGAAUAACAAAAAAAAAACAGAUGCUUUUAGGUCUCUCACAAAAAGAGUCAGCAGUUGUAUGUAACUUACAAACUGUAUCAUGAAGCAAGCCUUUGGUCAUUUUAAUGUUACUUGAAUUGUAUUAAAUGGCUCUUUAGAACCAAUUAACAUAUUGGGCUACAUUCAGAAAGGUGUAUGAAGUUGAAACAUGGUUAGAAACUGAAUUUAAAUGAAAUUAAUUUAAUCUAACUAAAUACAAAGGGUUUUUUAUGAAAUAUUACAUGUGGCAGACAAAUGGCAGAAUUAGUUCAAUUUACAAUUGCAAUACGUAUAUACAAAUGUGGUUUAGAAAAGAAAACUGUAAAAUACAAAUAUAUGAAGUACAACACAACUCAUGAAGAAAACAAUUUAAAUCAUUUAUAGCUAAAAUCUACCAGAUUCGUUACGUUUAAUCCUUGUUCAAAUCUUCUAGCCUCCAAGCAAGUUAGUUUUCUUGCAAUAAUUUAUUCCAUUCCAUUAACGCAUCAAAUUUUCUCUAGCUAUUCUCAAUUAUUCAUUUAGUCUGUAAUUUAUUUCCAUGCUAGAUUAUUGUCGUGAAUCAACUUGAAGCAUUGUUGCUUGGAAAUUCCGAGGUAGAUUACAGUGAUAAAAUCCAUUAAGAGCCAAAAGGCGUUGGAUGAAAAAAAGAGCCAUAGACUUUGCAUAUGUGUCUGGGACUGAUACCAAGGCCAAUUAAAAACUGGCCUUUUGUCAUUCCCAAUAGACCGUAAUAUUACGUGAUGAUUGUAGCUGACUAGAAAUCAGACUUGCAGUGAUUUUCUUUUUUACGAUUUAUAUUUUUGUUCACGUCUUAACGGGGCCUAGAUGAAGGCUGAAAUUAGUUUUAAUAUUCAAAGCACCUUUUUGUCCUAGAAAUACAAUGUCCAUUUUGACUUUUUGAAAGUUCAAGAUUUCAUAGUUUUGUUAUUAUUUUCUCAAGUAAAAUUGGAAAUAAAAUAUAUGUCAUAUGCGCAAUA